GUGUUUUAACAGUAUGGCUGGGAUCAUUCAGUUCACAAAAGGAAAAGACUCCCCCCUGUGAAAAGGUCUUUGGUGUACUACCUGAAAGGUAGAGAAGUCAGGAUGCAGAAUGAAUCCAGCUACCACCGUUUGUUGCGUGGAUAUGCAGCCCAGCAGCUCCCCAGUCUCCUGAAAGAGAGAGAAUUUCAUCUAGGGACCCUUAAUAAAGUUUUUGCAUCUCAGUGGUUGAACCAUCGGCAAGUGGUGUGUGGGACAAAAUGCAACACAUUGUUUGUGGUAGAUGUCCAGACUGGCCAAAUUACCAAGAUUCCUAUUCUGAAAGAUCGUGAACCCGGUAUGGUAAACCAGCAAGGUUGCGGUAUUCACGCGAUUGAGCUGAACCCAUCAAGGACACUUUUGGCUACAGGAGGAGACAACCCAAAUAGCCUUGCGAUUUAUCGUCUGCCUACGCUCGAUCCCGUCUGUGUGGGAGAUGAUGGACACAAGGACUGGAUAUUUUCUAUUGCAUGGAUCAGUGAUACUAUGGCUGUUUCUGGUUCCCGGGAUGGCUCGAUGGGUCUCUGGGAGGUGACAGAGGAUGUCCUGUCAAAAACUGAUGCCAGGCAUAACCUCUCUCGAGUCCCCGUCUAUGCUCACAUAACACACAGGGCUCUGAAAGAUAUCCCCAAGGAAAACACCAAUCCUGACAACUGCAAGGUCCGAGCAUUGGCAUUCAACAAUAAGAACAAGGAGCUAGGUGCUGUAUCUCUGGAUGGAUACUUUCAUCUUUGGAAGGCAGAGCACACACUAUCAAAGUUACUUUCCACAAAGUUGCCAUACUGCAGGGAGAAUGUGUGUUUGGCCUAUGGUCAGGAGUGGUCGGUGUAUGCAGUGGGAUCUCAGGCACAUGUCUCCUUUCUGGACCCAAGGCAGCCUUCCAACAAUGUUAAAUCCGUCUGUUCCAGAGAACGAGGCAGUGGUAUCCGGUCCGUGAGCUUCUAUGAGCACAUCAUAACUGUGGGAACGGGGCAGGGGUCCUUGCUGUUUUAUGACAUCAGAGCCCAGAGGUUCCUGGAUGAAAAGCCGCCUCCUGCCUGCUGUGGACAGAAACAGAAGCUAGGAGGAAACGAAAUCCUGAAGUUGACUACGGGGAAAGGUUGGCUGAAUCAUGAUGAAACCUGGAGGAAUUAUUUCUCUGACAUUAAUAACUUCCCAAAUGCUGUUUACACCCACUGCUACGACUCGUCUGGAACGAAACUUUUUGUGGCAGGAGGCCCCCUUCCAUCAGGACUCCAUGGGAAUUAUGCUGGGCUCUGGAGCUAAUGAGAACUCUUCCCCUCAAUGGUGAUCUCCCCCGGUGUCCCCUUCCCUGUUCUUUACCAACAAAAUUGUGUGAUGCCAUUGAUUUCUGAUUUAAAUGCAAGUUAUUUUUGACAGAGUUUUCUGUUGGUUUCCAACAGUUUUGUACAUCUUUUUUGAACCAGCUUUUGCUUUAACCUCCUUGAUCCUUUAUACGAAGGGUUUUUGAAACCCCUUUUUAUUGUAUUUACUCCAAGUGACUCUUCUUUUUUUUUCCACCCCCCACUUCUCCCCUGCCUCCCCUCAAUUUAGGCUAACUUGGCCAUAUGCCCCCUACUUUGCUGUGAGGUAGGACUCCUUUCUUAUUGAGCGGUUGCUGCUGGGCUUUCUGUGAAAGUCCAGGGGCUGUGUGUGUGUGCAGGUACUUCGUGUCACUUACAUUACCUGGAGUGAGGACUACUUGUAAUUAAAAAGAAAAAAAUAUUAAAAAAUAUUUAUAAGAAAUAA